AUGGGAAGAAGAUUCAAGGGCCCUCUCAAAAAGGUCAAAGAAGCAAAAAUUCCCAAAGACGAUGAAGAAGAAGAUGAUGAUGCUAGCAUUAAGAUUGAUGCAAAGAGUAACGCUGCUUUUGCUAAGCAAGAUGAUGAAGAAGGAGACUACUAUUAUGAGGAGGAAUAUCCUGAGGAGAGAUUCAAAUUCUCACACUUGCUGGGGCUCCCUGUGCUCAACCAAAUCCCUUAUACUGGUAAAGAAGAAGAUCCUAAGUUGGAAGUCAUCGCUGCUGCCCUACACUUGCCAAGAUCUGAGAUUGAUAAAGCUUGGAUUAGUAAGAAAGAGUACUCUGGAUUACCCCUUGAUUUCCUCUACGAAAAAGCGGAGAUUUUUGCUAAGGCUUCAAGUAUGGAUGCUUUGGAAGCUGUUUUGUCUCUUUUAAUCUAUGGACAAGUUCUAUUCUUCCAUUAUGACAAAAUUGUUGAUGUGACUGCUAUCAAGAUAUUUCUAAGUAAGAAUCCCGUUCCUACUUUACUUGGUGAUUUGUUACAUUCUAUUCACUUCCGAGUAUUGAAAAGGAAAGGUUGUGUCCUUGGAUGUGCUCCGCUAUUGCAUAAGUGGUUUAUUUCGCACUUAGCUCUCUCCGUAAGAAAGAAUGAAGGAGGCUUAACUUGGUCUCAAAGAAUUAUGAAGCUUUCUUUUUACAACGUCAUUUGGUGCCAAAAGAAGUUUGAAAGAACUUUACUAUUUGAUAGUUGUGGGGAAUUCCCUAAUAUACCGCUUCUUGGCGUUCGUGGGGGAAUAACGUAUAAUCCUAUUCUAGCUCGACAUCAGUUUGGUUUUGCUUUGAAGGAUAAGCCACGUUCCUUGUAUCUCAGUUCAGAAUACUUCAGCUAUGAUUCAAAUAAGUCAAAGAAAAGAGAUCUCUUCAUUAAGGCUUGGUCGAAAGUAAAGAAAGUUGGUGCAAAAGAUAUAGGAAGAAGAAAUUACAUGCCAUGGGACCCGUACUUCCAAUGGGUUUAUGAUCGAGUUAUGGAAUUUGGGAUGCCUUACCCUUCUGAUACGCCCAUAGUACCAAGGGUAGCUCCUCCUGCUGUCCCAAUUGCAUUCGAGCCGUAUGUUCCUACUCCAAAUGAAGAUCUUGUUGCAACUGUUAACCAACUGAAGAGGGAAAGGGAUGACUUUGAGAGACGCUUACGAAAGGUUGAAGCUGAAAAAGAAGUGUUGACACAAGAUGCUAAAGAGCGAGAGACUUUACUUGACUAUUUUUCUCGUAAAUGGAAAAUUGAAGAUUUCGUUUCCCCGGAUCAGAUUAACUCAUGGGAAAAUGAAAUUUCUAGGCUUGUUCAAGAAAGAGAGGAAAUGAUCAAGGCACACAAGGAAGAAGUCAGGUCUGAUGUAACUAAAUAA